AUGUCAUCAGAUAAAAAACUUUUCGUUACUUUAGUUGUAUUAAAUGUGUUAAUGCUUGUUAGUGUGGUAAUUGCAAUCUCGACCGAUUGGUACCAUAUUAAAUCCGAUUAUGAUAUUUUGGCUACUGACAUUGAGACCACCUACAAUCUGUUCUUUAAUUAUGUUGAAACUACAUACGGAUCUAAAGCCUACUAUCUUGAUUAUAUGGAUAAUAAUACUAGUAAGUUAUUUGUUGCGAUCGGAGUUUUCCAAUUCUUGGCUGGAAUUUCUUUGGUUGUCAGUUUCACCGCUCUGAAUAUGUCCAAUCGUAAAUGCACCAAGUCCUCAUUCUUGUUUGGAAUUACCGCUUCUUUCCAAUGCGAAGACAACGCCAUUGAUUUCUCUGGUUUCUGUACCAAGUUUGCCGGUAGCUACGAUGUCGGUAUCAUUGAUGUUAGCUGGGGACCAAGCGUAGGUUGGGGAUUCGGUAUCGUUUCAUUCUUUUUCUCUUUUAUCAAUGUCAUCGUUGUCUUUAGAAGAGCGAAGCAUCUUGAACACCACUGCCACGCUCAUGGUGGAUACACCCAAGUCACUGUAACCGCGCCUCCAGUGUACUACCAACAACAACAGCCACAAUACCAACAGCCAUAUCAACCACAGUACCAACAACAACAAGGUCACAAUCAAAAAACCUUUUUUCAUUUCAUCAUCCACCCAAAGAUGUCAAACAACAAUAAUAAUUCAACACAUAAAUUAGUAAAUCUACCACAUAUUUUAUUAUCAAACAUUGUUUAUAAUUUAACAGAUAAUAUCGAUCAGAUUUGUUUUAGUUUAGUUUGUAAAAGAUGGUUUGAAGAUAGAAAUAGAUAUCUAUUGUUUGAUACCAAUACUUUAUAUUGUAUCGAUAAACAUAGUUCAAAAAUCACUUUGAAUUCAUAUAGAUCGAUAAUAUCUGAAUCACUUAGCAAAAAGAAACAAUGUAGCAUGAUAGUCAUUCCUUAUAUGUACGGCAAUGUUGGUAAUUAUGAUCAUUUAUUAGAUCCUGAUUCAAUUGAAAGUAUUGAUGAAAUCGAUCAAAGCAUAAAUUCACUUCCAUCAUCAGUGAAAACACUCGAUAUUCACAAUAUGAACGGUUUCAAACGCCCAGGUACUAUUCCAAACACUGUGAAUCAUCUUACCAUUCGAGAUCACAGAUCUGACUUUGUCAUAGCAGAAGGAGUUCUCCCAGACUCUAUUCAAAACAUUAAAUUGAAACAACUGCUAUUUCCAAUAACAAAAAUGGUUGACAACAUUUCAUUCGAGACCUAUGAUGAUAAUAAGUGUUCGAUUCGAAAACUUGAUGAUCAAUAUUACAUCGUAUUUGGUCAUCAAAAAAAUAUCGGAUUCAUUGCAAGUCUAUUCCACAAAUCAAUGUUUUUAGACAAAGUUAAUGUGGUAAAAAUACUUAAUUCUAAUCAUUAA